AUGGAGUCCACCCCCUUUCCCACAGACUACCUCCCCGCCCUAGGGAAUAGAACGGAGUAUCCGGCAACUGAGGAAUCCCUCCUUGGAUUCACAGAGUCGUCAUUUGGCCACACAACCCGUCGCGACCCCCUGUACCUAGUGAUUCCCGUGACGAUAAUCUACCUCUCAAUAUUCUUGACCGGAACAAUAGGCAAUGUAAGCACGUGCAUCGUCAUAGCACGCAACAAGUCAAUGCACACGGCAACGAAUUACUAUCUGUUUAGCCUUGCCGUGUCAGACCUGUUGCUCCUCAUAUCGGGCUUACCUGCCGAGGUGUAUCUCGUCUGGUCCAAGUACCCCUACAUAUUUGGCGAGGGCUUCUGUGUGCUGAGGGGUCUUGCUGCCGAAUGCUCAACAAAUGCCAGUGUAUUAACGAUAACAGCAUUCACUGUUGAACGUUAUGUAGCGAUAUGCCAUCCCUUUUUGUCCCACACAAUGUCCAAACUGUCGAGAGCGAUAAGGCUGAUUCUGGUGAUAUGGCUCAUUGCUCUGUGCUUCGCUAUACCGCAAGCCCUCCAGUUUGGAAUUCUCCAGAUGCCUAAUGAGGAUCCGGACUUUAUCAUCUGCACGCUGAAGAAUGCUUUCAUUCAGCAUUCCUUCGAAUUGUCCACUCUGCUGUUCUUUAUUGUGCCUAUGAUACUCAUCACUGUGCUCUACGCUCUCAUUGGACUCAAGCUGAGGAAAACUAAUAUCAUGAAGAAGACCAACAUGCGCUCGCAGAGGGGUGGCCCGGCCAACAAGAGAUUAAGAGACUGCAGACAUCACACGGGAAAAUCGUCGAGGAGGGUUCUCAAGAUGCUUGUUGCAGUUGUAAUCGCAUUCUUCAUCUGCUGGGCCCCCUUCCACGUGCAGCGUCUGAUAGCCAUCUACGGGACAGAAACAGAUGGCAUUUCCUCGAAAACCAAGUGGUUCGAGGUUCUCUAUUACAUCUUCACGUACAUCUCAGGAGUCCUGUACUACGUUUCAACCACUAUCAAUCCCAUUCUCUACAAUAUCAUGUCACAUAAAUUCCGGGAAGCUUUCAUGGAAACCCUAGCAACAAGCUGUGGUGGCUCAUCAUUUUCCAGCCAACCGGAGCAGCGAUCCUACUCGAGUCUCUCGAGAUCCCAGCAAAGAGCAGCAGGUGUUUUCGGUUCGCGUAUCAUUGGUUACGGAGUAGCAGUGCCACAAGAAAGCUCCGAUUGUUCGGGCAAUUCAAUGAGGGAGGGAAGCCUUCGACAAAGCACUUCCCUACCAGGUCAAUCUGAAGUUACAGCAGCUGUCGAGUCCAGCGAGGGCUCUCGGUCACUGGGGCUAAGUGACUAUGGGAAUCGCCACUCGGUGAAACGUAUUCCAACGAUAAAACUAAGUGGUAAAGAGUCAAGGGGUAGAGUAACUCCAAACAGAACAGAAACAUCGGAAUUGACGCAAUUCUCGUCUUCCCCGAAGGAUAAAGUUUCCUUGCAACUGCGGAAUGGCGACCCUCUGCUCGGCCGGAAUAACCGAAGUGCGACGAAGAAUGACUGCAAAAAUGAUGAGAAUGAUAAACGGAGUAGAGAGAGUUAUGUGGGAUUGAUGAGAACGACGGAAGUGAGGAGGAAAAAGUGGUGGAGAUUUUUCAAGUGGAUUCCCGGCAAAAAAGUAUUCAAAUUCAACUCCACAACUGCCGGUUUUGGGGAGGGAAUCACGGAUUUUGAGGGGAAACGUGAGGAGUACUCUAUGACGACGUGUUAUGUCGCCAAAGAGCACAGAUUUGUUUGA